AUGAUCGAGUCACGACCCGUCUGUCGAAACUGUGUGGUGUCUCCAACGGGUUCAUCACCGCCACCAAUUCAUGAGCAAACAUCAUCACCACCGCCUCCAGCACCAGCGUCACCAAUCACAUCACCGCGACUACUUCCAUCCCUCCCCUCACCACAACCAUCUCACAGUGGAUCUUCAGCACCAAGCCAAUCAAAUUCUCCUCACCCAUACUCUUAUCCAAACUUUAGAAGAAGUCAACCAGUUCAAGGCCAGAACUUCCCAGAAUUUGGGCUUCUCCACAGUCAUUCUGUGUCUCAGUUGAAUAACCCUGGACAAAGUUACCAGUCGCCGCAAUCACCACAGUCGGCUAUGUCACUUUCCCCUCAUCCGGUACCCCAAGGAAAGCUCCGAGGCUUGCUUGAACAUGCUGAAAGAUUAAUGAAGCCUGGUGACCCUCACAGACACUCACAGUCGGAUGAUGAUUCAGGAUGUGCUCUAGAGGAGUACACAUGGGUGCCGCCAGGACUGAGACCAGAGCAGGUGCACCUGUACUUCUCAGCGCUUCCAGAAGACAAGGUCCCUUACGUGAAUAGCGUCGGAGAGAGAUACAGGCUAAAGCAGUUGUUGCAACAACUUCCCCCACAGGAUAACGAGGUUCGUUAUUGUCACGCGUUAUCUGAUGAGGAGCGCAAGGAGCUGCGGCUGUUCAGCGCUCAGAGGAAACGCGACGCGCUCGGCAGAGGACAGGCCCGCCAACUGCAUGCUCCAGCGCCGUGUGAUCGGGUAUGUACUUUGAUAUCUUAA